UCGAUUGUUAAAUGUUUUGGCAAAUAUUGAGAAAUUUGGAACCUAGAUCAUCAAUAAUAUUGAUUCAAUAUUUAUAAGCAGAAGUUUUUUCGGUGUUUUGUAAUAUCUCUUCGUCUUGAAGCAUCAGUCUUUGGUCCUGUUCGUAGUAACUGAUUCCCUGUUUAGAAGUGUUCUAACAUAUUUUGUUACAUUGAAUUUACUAUCAGUUUAUUGUCAAUUGGUGAAAAUAUGACUUCCAACAAUGAAAAUUUAUUUAAAGACAAGUUGUUGCAAAAAUUAUCUAACAAAGAUGGUUUGUACAGUAAUGAAUUUGACAAGCUGAUUAACGAUUUAUUUACAGGUAUUGUUGAUUCAGAAGCGAAAGAAGUAUUUCGAGCUUUUAGUCCGACCUCGCAUGGCAUAAUGGCUAGAAAAGACCUCGAGCAUAUGUGGACUAAUUGGCUAUCAUUGGUACUUGAUUCAAAAACAGCUUUUCUGAUAGUUGAUGUUCAAAACGAUUUCAUCUCAGGUUCCCUUGCAUUGGAUAAUCUUUCAUCGAAAAAAGAACAAUCCUGUGCGCAGAUUAUUCCACUCAUAAAUUCAAUGAUUGAUACAAUUCCAUUUGAAGUGGUAGUUUAUACUCUUGACUGGCAUCCACCUGGUCAUAUUUCGUUUGCCGAUUGUGCACAUUUGCGACAAAUCACUCAAAUAAAUGGCAGUAAAAUUGAAAAAGACGCUCAAAAAACUAUCCAACCUUUCGAUAAAGUAACCUUUAACAUUAACGGUCAACUCUUGGAGCAAGUCGUUUAUCCUUCUCACUGCGUUAAAGAUUCAUGGGGAGCUCAAUUGCAUGAAGAUUUAAAGAUAGCUCCGAACUCAAUGAAAAUUUAUAAAGGUACCAAUCCAGAUGUGGACAGCUAUUCUGGUUUCAAGGAUAAUGAAGCUAUCGAAUGGACUGAUCUAGAUUACAAGCUGAAAACUAAAGGGAUAACUGAUGUUUACAUUUGUGGCUUAGCGUAUGAUAUUUGUGUUUAUCACACUGCUUUGGAUGCUUUAUCAUUAAAUUAUCGCACAUUAUUGGUCGAGGAUUGUUGUGAAGGAACAAAAGAGUCCGAAGUGCAGCAAGCCCGGAAAGAAUUGGAGGAAAAUGGUUGUUUGAUCGUUACUUCAACAGAAGCUGAUAAAACGAUUCGCGAUAAAAUAAAAUCAUGGAAAAGGGCGUACGAAUUAUUUAAAAAAUUACCUCCAAGCGUCUUUAUUAAAAAUUAAAUUGCCAAUUUGAAAUUGACGAUUGAAAAUUGAUACCCCACUAUUUUUAAAAUAAGCACAAACCACAAAAUGUAUUAUUUUUCUAGCUUGUCAGUCCGCAAAAUAAACUAUUUUUUAUUAAAUUA